GUUCAUAUAAUCGUGUUCGUUUUCCCAGACGUGCUUUGAGCGAGAUGGAAAGAGUGUAUAUUUAGAAUGUAUUUGUAGUGUGUCGUUAUUUUAAGUGCUACCGUGCGAAAAGUGUUUGAUGUGAAAUUUUAGUGAUACGAUUUGGAAAUGGAUGGAUAUUUAAUUUGCAGACAGCUGUAAUUGACGUUUUCUUAAGGCACCAAUGGAUGAGAAUGGCGGACACCCGAUCUUACCGAACUCCUAUAGACCUCAGGAAGCAUUCCAGAGAGCACAGGAAGCGCAAGUCGAGCACAGGUUUCCGACCAAUCCAACCGGGAUAGUUCCCCUACCCCGCGGAAGCAGAGGCCCUAAGAGUCUUUAUCUCAGACGAUAUGGCGAUAGUUUCGGAUUUACGCUUAGACAUUUCAUCAUUUACCCACCGGACUCUGUUACAGAAAGCGAUGGGAGGCAUGCGGCAGUCGGCGCGCUGCUCUCUCCCAUGGACACCAUCUUCGUGAAGCACGUGAAGGAUCGCAGUCCGGCGAAGCAGGCGGGCCUGCAGCGCGGCGACCGCCUGGUGGCAGUCAACGGCGUGCCCAUCAAAGACAAACCGUACUCGCAAGUGGUCCAGUUGAUCCAGAACAGCCCCGAAUACCUUCACCUGCUGGUCGUGCCCAAGGAGGAGGACGUUCUGCAGAGGUUUUUCGCCAAAACGGCAUACAACCCUGCCUCCAAUCAGCCAAUUUACCCCGAAACGCCCCUAGACCGCCACACCGCCCAGCAGAUCAUCUCCCAGAGGAUCACCCAGCGCGCUCCCGAGUUCCAAGUAGACGCCAUCUCCUGGCGAUCCCUCCAACAGCCCUACGGCCAAACCGAAUUAGCGGCGCUGCAAAGACCUAACUACGAGCGCGGCCAACGCAGCGCGGACGACUUACUAUACUCGGAACCCCGACCUAGGGCGAACCAGAUCAGUCACCAACAGGAGAUCUACGCGGAAAUCCAUCCCCAUGAUAUCGGCCACCGCCAGAAGAGCCGGGCGGUCCCCCAGGUGCCCCUCUACAAGAAGAUGGGGCGAAGGGCCAGCGAAGGUAGCAUGCUGUCAGAUCGGGAACAGUUCGAGCCUCCCGACUACUACAGUGUGAACAGCAGCGACGUGGACGAUUACAACAUGAAAGCCAUCUACAAAAGCAAUUACUUGCCGGAAACUUCACAGAAUUCCGACAUGCCGGGGUUGAACUACCCCAACACGGCCAACUACAGGCUGAGCCUAGACGGUGGAAGAAGGGAAUCCACCGGUUCCUUGUCUUCCUCCCUCGCCGAUGGCAGCAAGGACAGUCUGGCGUCCUUCGGGUCCAGCUCCACGCUGACCGGUCAAGAAAAGGACGACUACAUCAUGAGCAGGUUCAGGAAGAACGUCCAACAAAAGGAGGAGUUCCUCAAGAUGCCUACCAACGCCGAGCAAGCGGCUAUAAGGCGCGAGUUCUACGGCAGGCCUAAGAAACUGGAAAGACAGAUGUGGCCUCCCAACGAGCCUAUUAGGCAGGAAUCUCCUUCCAGGACGACCAAGCCCACCCAUCAGAACUUUUUGCGAGUGAAAAACGACAUCGAUAUCGAACGAGACCUGACGGUGCAGAACCAGAACGGUCACCAAAUGGUGAGCGGUGACGCGGCGUAUAUGGUGCCCCAGCAGAGGAUGGCGGCUUCGCCGAGAAAUAGGGCGGGUUUCGGGAGCGUUGAGAGGGCCUACGAGGCGUCCACCGCGCCUGGUGGUUUCGAUGACGUUGAGGAUGUUAAUGGAAGCGCGGCCUUCCAGGAUGCUUCCGGCGAAGUUACAGAAGAGAAGAGGGUCUACCCCCCAGGCCUCCAGAUCGUCUACAAGAGGGCGAAAGACUUCGAGAGCGGCCGCCCCCUACCGGAGGACGACCCGGUUCCGGGUAACCGCAUGAAUUUCUCGCGGAGCGAACUCGCCAGAUUGAGUUCGAAGAAAUUGGUGCCCAACGUGUGCGAGCGUGCCCAGGAAUACGAGACUCGCACCGUGGAACCGAAGAGGGACACCAGCGGGACUUCCACGAAUUCGGGAAAUUCGGUGCUGAAGAGGAUACAGAGGGACAGCAGGUCACUGGAUAGCUCAGGAAGCUACGAGAGCUGUAGUAGCAUCAUCGAGCUUCCACUAGGCGGCAGUAGAGGGCUUUCCGGAAAUGUAAUCAUUUCCAGCGGAAGCAAAUAUUUGCACUGCCCACCGCCCCCGGAUUACGGCAGCCAGCCCACAGACACGUCAGGGAAUGAGGCGAUUAAAGUUCGCGCCCGUUCAAACUCGGCAGAGUCGUGGGUUGCUGCAUUGGGAGACGACCGCAACAAGGAGGGAGCCAAAAGGAUCAGCAGACAAGAUGCGGUCGUUACCGAGAGAAAUAAGGCGAAAGAAAGCGAAACCGCCAUGGACGUUACAGCACACCCCCCGUACGGCGACCUACCUCCCCUCAUUCCCGAACCCGUCGAGCACAUCCACCUAGCCCCCACGGUAUCCAUCACGCCCGCCCCCGCCACCGCCGACCCCAGCAAGGCCGUCAGGCCCACACAGCUAGACCUCGAGGGGCCCGUAAGGCCCGCCAGGCACCUGAAACCGCCGUCGACGAACGUCGACUCCCCCGUAAGGCGGUCCAGCUCACCGAAUUUGGGAGAUAAACCGGUUGUAGUUAAGAGGAGGACUAAAAAUACUAACAUAGCCGAAGAUGAACGUGCUAUGCGACGGGAAUCCUACCUCAAAGCAACUGAAGGCGGGAGGAUGCACAUCGACAGUGACCUUAGUGACGGUGGUGAAGUGUCAUCACAGGUGCUCAGAAGUGCGCACAGACGGUGGCGGCCUCCCGUGUUUCCCGGGGAUAUCCAACAGCUCCGCAGGCUGUUUGAGGACGCUGCUUCCUCUUUGGGUGGUAGCGCAAGCAGCAGUAGUGCAUCCCUGGAUAGGGAAAAGAUUUCAAGUAGUCCUGGGCCUCUUGACAAGGAUAAGUACAGCGUUAUAAGGGAAGGAACAGUGCAUUGCAAAAUUUUGGAAAUAGACGGGAAGAGAGCGACUGAUCGAUCUUGGAAGCAAGUCUUCGUGGUUUUGAAAGGACCCAAACUCUUCAUUUACAAGGACAGGCAUCAUCAGAGCCCAAUCGGCACCUCGGAUGCACUGGACCAUUCUCUGGCGAGCGGCGUGGACAUGAGGACGAGCGUCGUGCGCGUGGCGGAAGACUACACCAAAAGGAAGAACGUUCUAAGGGUGUCCGCGGUGAAGCCUUGCAGGUCGGAGUUCCUCCUGCAGGCCGAGAGCACCGAGGAGUUCGCCGACUGGGUCAAAACGUUGCAGGAGCAGGUUGCCGAGAGCACCGAUGCCGAAUUGUUUCCCUCAGUUCGAUUUAUUAAUCACUUACCGCAGGACCCCGCAAACAGCAAGCAGCAAGCUGUGCCUCAAAUGGUUCCCGCCUCGACGACCAUUCAGGUCCAAGGCAGUCACCUCUCCCCGCAGUUGAGCAAAUCCAAGACCACAGCUUCCCGGAAUCGCUCACCGACUGGUCAAUCGCCAGUCAGCAAAACCCGCAAGCCUUCCCAAGUCCCAGAUCCCACCACCAGUCCAAAACUAAAGACAUGGCGCGGCCGGAUGGCAAAACAGUUCAGGAAGUUCAACCAAGGCGCUAACAGCCCCAGCUCUCCCACUGCCCCAGAGGGAUCCACAUUCGGAAUACCCAUAGAGGACUGUUUGCCGUCCGUCUCCAACAUCUACGUCCCGAGGUUCGUCGAGGUUUGCACCGAGGUGAUCGAAGAGCGUGGUCUUCAGACUGUGGGAAUAUAUCGUGUGCCUGGGAAUAACGCUUCCAUCACUGCGCUGACCGAAGAGAUCAACAAGAACUACGACGACGUACCCUUGGAGGAUCCCAGAUGGAACGACCUGCACGUAGUCAGCAGCCUGUUGAAGUCCUACUUCAGGAAAAUGCCGGAGUCCCUCGUCACGGAUCAGCUUUAUCCCAACUUCAUCAAAGCCGAUAAGAUCGAGGAUCCCAAAUUGAGGAUGGAAGAGCUGAAGAGACUUGUCAGGAGUUUGCCCAAACACAACUACCACACCCUGAAGUACCUCAUCAUGCACCUGAAGAGGGUAGCGGAUAACAGUAAGGUGAAUAAGAUGGAGGCCAAGAAUUUGGCCAUAGUUUUCGGGCCAACGAUCGUCAGGCCGGAGGGGGAAAACAUGGAGAACAUGGUGAACCAUAUGAACAACCAGUGCAAGAUUAUAGAGAGUCUUAUAAGUAAUGCUGAUUGGUUCUUUCCCGAAAACGACGAAGAGGAGAUGGCGCCAGUGCCGCUUGCCUUGCGAGAUGGCUACGAAGAGUCCGAAUCUGCGAAUAAUCAAGCUCUGUUGUUACAUAAUAUUAGCAAAUAUGAAGCUUUGAAGGAUCAGAAAGAAAAGAACGGCGCAUUGUUCUCCUCCAUAAUCUCGGCGGCCCAGCGGAAAGUCAAACGGAAACCGACCAAAGGUACCGGGUCAUUACCGGAAACCAAGGACGAGCCCGUUUCGCCCACCAAUCUGAAGGUGUUCCCUUCCCAGUCGUUUUCACCAAAUGAUCUCAAAGACAGUACAAGUCCGGACGGUAAGCUAAACGAAGACAUACCGACGACCGUGAUGGACAUAGAAAAGAAGACCAAACCGACUGAAAAAGUGCCUUGGUUCAACUACUCGACCGACAAGGACGACUUCCACAGGAGAAUCCAAAACUUCAAGCAGGAAACCGAGGCGAUGCUUCAAUUGCCUAGAAAGACGGAAAUAUCUAUUAACAAUAUAGAUUCCCGACCCGCGGGGCAACUAAGCUCCUCCGCCAGCAACGUCAACCAGAACGUGAGGCUGUCGAUGAAGCCGGCCGACCUGCACCUACUCACGAAGACGCACAGCGCCUCCAACGUGUUCGCCCGGGCGACCAUCGCCGACAACAGGAACAGUCUGAAUUCAAUGGAUACCAACACGUUCUCCAUCGUGCAAUACCCCGGCAAGAACGUCGGGGAUAAGAGUGAUUUAAACGAUAGCAGUUAUCGGUAUAUGAGUGCUAGCGGUACGAAACAGUUCUCGGACGUGAGCGGUACGAGCAAGAACUCGAACGUUAGUGCCGGCGGUGCCUUCAAUAAGGGUGCUUAUAGUGAUGUUACGGAUGGAGGUGCUUGUGACAGGAGGGGUAGGUGUAAUGUGAGGAGGGGCAGCUCGGUGGAGAACGUCAAUUCCAGCUCUGUGGACCUCUCUAAUGGGAACAUGAAGAAGAUUAAGUAUGAGAAUGAGAAUGAAAGCCAGAGGACCGGUUCUUUGGAUUCCUUGAACAAACUGCCGAACGAUGAUGAGUCUUUACUAAGUACAAUGACCAAGCUCAUAGACGAAAAAUUGAAGGAGGAGCAUACCCACCCUUCCCUUUUGGCUGGAGAGGACAUCCCUUUCGCGGACGAAUCGCCAGAAAAACACGCCAAUAAAUCUUCGUAUUUGGACAAGGAAAUUACGCCAAGGGCUAGUGAUUUGUACAGAAACCCUAGUUUACAUAAAAGCCAAUUCAGCACCUCGUCGAAGUCGUAUAAGGAGGAUGUGUUGCACAAGGAAUCCAAAAAGGACAGAGAGAAAGAGGAAGACACCUGGGCUUCCGAAAACGUACCUGAUAAUGAUAGACACAUUGCACCACACAAGCUAACGCUAAUCUCUAAGACUAACAAGUUGAACCAGAACCAAACGGCCACCGGCGCGAAACUGAAGCGAUCCGAGUCCUUAAACAAGCCCGAGAGGACGGGCUCUCCGUUGAACAAUAAGCUGAAGCGGUCGGAGAGCCUGAACAAAACCGGAGAUAAACUGAAAAGGUCCGACAGCCUAACGAAAACCGAGAAGACGGAGAGCAACAUCAACAAACGCCGCGAACUCUCGAUCUCCAAACGCGGCAAAGAUUCGACCAAGCAUAAGAGGAAGAACGGGAUGCCGGACCGUUCCAUCAAGAGGCGGCACACCGUCGGGGGCACCAAGGACCCCGACAAGGUGACCUGGCUGCGCGAUAACAAGAGCCAGGAGGAAAACGACGCCGACGCGGAAAACGCGAAGGAGAAGAAUCUUAGGACGAGCUCGCCGGACUUAAGCUCGACCAGAAGGGAUCGUCUCUUGUUCGAGAUCAACCUGAUCGGGCCGGAGAACAUGGUGGUGGCCCUCAGGCAGCACCUGAUGGGCGCCAGGCCGCAGAGUUUCCCCGAAACGACGGUUUUCAAAGUCCCCCUCGAAUCUCACGUUUGAGGACCGCCCGACGUGCCUUAACCCUUACGGAAACAUCAAAUACGUCAGACUGAUUCUACUACUAGUAUAAAUGUGCAAUAGUUGUGCAUUCAAUUUAAUUUAUUAUGGAAGUGUUGUUGAUCCGAUGCUUUGUUUUUCGUUUUAGGAGAUGUAGAGUUGGAAAUAUGAUUUCUAGAGGACGAGCAGGUGCAUCGCGAGGAGCGCAUUUACCCGUUACUGAUCUUUCAGUUUGCUUCUUUAAGUGUAUUGUGAUCCUAAAGUAAUUCCAAUUUGAAGCAAUUAAAUUUGUGAUAAAACAAAAUAGAGUUUAGGCGACGUGUAUAUAAUUAUAAUUUUAUUCUGAAUUGAAAUUAAUUAUUGCUUUACUGUUCACAAGUUGACGUUUAUGGAGUUUCUCUUUUUUUUUCUUUGUAUGCAGUAUUAGCGUUGUUUAUAUCCGAUGCAGUCGAAUAACCGGUGGAACUUACCGAUGAAAACAACAGAUGGCGCUGGUGCAAUAGAAUCCAGGGAGAGUCGCCAUCUAGUGUGGUCAUUCGUAAGUUUCUUCCGGUUGUCUAGCCGUGUCGCGUAGAAACAAGGGUGUUAGUUAAUGAUACUGUGCCAAAAGUUCACGUGUAGCAGAAUAUUAUACAUAUAGCCGAUAUAUUUGUAAAUAAAAUUGUUUAUCGCUUGCGAGUUGGUGUAAAAAAAGGUCAAUUUAAAUGCUAGGCUGUUUGUAUCUUGCCUGUUAUUGUUUUUAUAGUUUUAAGUACAAAUUGUAUGUGUUGUUGUAACUUGUGAAAAUUGUAAAUAUAUUUUCAAUUUAUGCA